GUGGAGAACAGGAAGAUGAACCAUCAAGACAUGAUCAUUUUGAAUGUGGGAGGACUGAAAUUCACAACAUGGCCUUCUACACUACAGCGAUUCCCUGAAUCUAGAUUGGCAAGGAUGUUGAGUGGCAAUGACUUAGAAUGUAGGUUGGUAAAUGGCCAGUUUUUUGUGGACCGAGAUGGAGUUCUGUUUAGCUAUAUUCUGGACUUCUUAAGAACACUUCAGCUUUCCCUGCCCAGUGAUUUCUCAGACUACCAGAGGCUGCAGAGAGAGGCUGACUUCUAUGAACUUUACUCUGUGGCUGACCUUCUGAGACAAGAAAACUUGUUGAAACCAAAGCCAGAGGUCUUGGAAGUACAAUUCUUGCUCCAAGAAACACAGGCUUUUUUCUGGGUAUUUGGCUCUUGCAGCAUCACUAUUGAAGAACUGGCUGGACGGAUCACUGUUUUUGCAGAACAGCUUGUUGGAGCAACAUGGAAAAACCAUAAUGGCCUUUCUCACAAGUCAUUGAUUCCCCUUUCUUUGGAGAGGCCUUCCCAUCAUAAUCUUAUUUUCCAGUGUGGCACUGACUACAGUGAUCAGUUUAUAGCAAGGUAUGUGUCUAUAAAACCUGAUCAGAGGAAAUUGAUUAAUGGAACUAAUGUGCUAGGCCUGCUGGUUGACAUCUUACUCAAAGAAGGAUUUCAUUUACUAAGCACCAGGACAGUCUCAGCGGAAGAAAAAAAUCAGUGCUAUUGUUUUGAAAGAAUGAGGCAGCCAGAUGCCUUUGCCAUAAGUAUGCGGGAAACUCAACAAGGCACUACUGUAUCACAAACAAAAUCAAUCCAAGUGCAGAAACGGAAGUGAAUAAUGGCUAUAGUGAGAUUUUAGAAACCAAGCAUAGAAAACAGAAGGGCUAAGAAUAUAUAUAGCUAUAAAAGCAGCAGCUAUAAUGCAAUAGCAGGACACACUUUUGCUGCCAAUAUAUCCCUUUUGUUGGAUUUUUGAUACUGGAUAUUUGGAGAGUAAAAUAAAGUUAGGCUAAAUUCCUUUAGAUGGCAAAUAGAGGGCUAAGUUUAUUAACUUACAAUAACUAGAAUUGCCAAAUAUACAAUUUUAUAUCACAUCCAUUGAAAAUAUAGUCUUCUACCUACUAUAUUUAUUAGCUUUUACCACAUGCAACUGGGCCUAGAAGAGAAUUAAUCCAGUAAGGUAUACCUAUCCUCGCAGAGAAGAACACCAUAGUAUGAAGGUUUGAUCAGAAACAAGUGCAACGAGACAUUUCAUUUGCCAUUUCUAUAUUUAGCAAUCCUUUGUAUCGUGGCAUCAGAAUAAUAAGGAUGCUUUAUGUGGAUUUUCUACUUAGAAAUGGGACUGAAAUCUGUAAUUCCCUCUUUGGGGUAGUUUCUCAUAAUGAGUUGGGCAAGAAUCUCACACCCAAUGAGGCAUCAGAGGAUAACGUUUAAUGUGCCAUGAGGCCUGUCCUCCACCCAAGCCAGUAUGUUGCUGUAAGGUGCAGUGGAGGAUGCUGUCUUGCCACCAGUGUUGAACCAAGAUUCGGUUGCUGUUGAGCUGGUUUCUGU